UAUACCAUCAAAAAUUGCAUAGUUCUUCCAAAAGUGAGGCGCACUGGUGCCAAAUAAACUGUACAGCGUUUGUAACGCGACAGACCGUGGAAUGAUCGUACAUAUUUGUCAAGACGAAGAAGACAUGCAGACUUUAUGUGGUAUGUUGAAACAUUAUAAGGGGAAAAAACAAGAUUUGUGAGUAGCAUAAUUCUCGUGUGAAAUACUGGAAAGAUGAUCUAGAAGAGUAAUUGACUGUUAAAUCUACUCCCGAUCUCCUAUCUGUAUACUACUGUGCAAUUGCGAAUAUACUGCAUCGACUGCAAAGGGUGAUAGUUUUUUUGUAUAAUGUAGGCAUCUCGGCUCACUAACAUCUAAAGUGCUUCUUUACAUGAAAACAAAGCACCCCGUUCGUGAUGAAACGUAAAACUAUACUAUUGUAAAUUACGAUAAUUGUAUGUAUUUAACCAUGGAACUUCAGGUAUAUAAAGUUAUAAUCAUCAUAAUGUUGUCACUUUUGGUAUUUAAAAAAAAAACGAGUGUAUAAUUGCACUAGUUUCGCAUUCUUGCGCGCACCCAUAUUAUAAAUGUAUUGUUUGGUCGCUUUUAUACAUUUUCUUUUUUUUUCUUUUGUUAGUUACCAGAAUUUAUCGACGUUAUAUUUUAUUAACGAAAAGAAUAGCUAUUAAACCAAAAAGAGAAGAUACCGUCAUAUCAUGUUUUCAAAGAGUUGAAUUCGAAAAACGAGAACGGUACUUAUUUAAUUGUAUUUUAUGUUUAUGAAAGGCGACGUUGCAGGUUAAACAGUGCCACAAUUAUUAAUGAUACGAGCAGAUUUCAAUAAUUUUCUUGUGGUGCCUUGAAUAAAAUUCAAAUAAUAGAAUUCAAACAUCUGCUUUUUGUAGAAUUUCUCGUAUAACUUUUUACAAUCCUUUCAUACUGUAAGUUACAUUAUCGGAAAACGUACAUUUACCUUAUCCCUUAUUCAUACUUUAACUCUUACUUAUUGCUCUAUAUCAUCGACAUAAUUUAUCACUUAGAAGUAAUAGUUGUCACUUUAGUUUAUUAAUGACGUUAACAGUUUUCUUUCGUUUGCAACGAAACGACUACUUCUUUGAAAUUUAUUGUCCCAAACGAGAUUCAAAUGAUUUCUUAUCACCGAUAAACGAUGUACGGUUGAGUACGGUACGUUUGGAUAUGGAUAAACGAUGCUUUUUAUUAACAGAUAAUUUGUAAUUAUUAUGGAGUAGUUAUUACAGCUUUAAUAGUAACUUUUUGAAGUUUACUAUGUAAGGAAGUUCUACGGAUAUGGAGGAGAAUUAAGACACGUACUAUGACAUUCUAUUCGAUGUUUACAUGAUGUAUAGUCCAAAUAAUAAUCUUAUAUGUCUACGCCAUAAGUUCUACGAUUUCUUCUUUUUUUUACUUUUUGCUUUUAAUUCGUACUCAUUUCUAGGAUUUGCUUAAAAAACAUGAAACUGUAAUAUUUGUUAAUACGUAAAUAAAAAUGAGUUUUAGUUGAUCAAAAUAUGAGUAUUGAGUGAGAUUAAUCAUUUCAAGUGUAUAGUUUCGCGAGCAAACAUGGACGGAAGGUUUCAGUUGCAAAAUAGAUGUCGAGUACCAGACCACAACCAACAUUUACAUUCUUUUUUUUUAUGUAUUUAAUGGUAAAGUGACUUCAAACGUAACGUCGAUGUUAGUGUACUAUUAACGAGCAUUCGCAUUAACUUUUCAAUUACAUUGUAACAAGCAAAAAGAAUGCAAUUGUCGAUUCCGUCUGGUGAAACAGUAAUUCAUACUGUGGUAUUAUUUACGUUGAUUAUAAAAUGUACAGUUAUAACUUUAUAAAGUUAAUACGAAGAAUAACAUACACAUACCCGCGCGCACGCGCGCGCGCGACAUGCGCGCGCAAACACGCACGUGUUUCAUAGCAUGAGUCAUUUUUAAAUGUAUACUUUACAUUUUUGCAUUGUGAAUAGAGAUAAUCGUUUCAAAUGAUUUCUCCUCGAAGAAACAUAGGAACAAAAAGCGUGACCAACAAUGCGUUCCCAUGAGGCGCUUUCAAAUCCUUACAACUUGGUGUAUGUGCCAUACAUGGGGAAUAAAUUGUUUUAUCGUAAAUCGUUAAAACUACAUCGAGAACUGCUGAUAUGUGGAAGAAGUAAAUAACUUACAAAAUGGUUACUACAUGGCAUCAGCAAGUGUUUGCUCUUGAUGCAAAAUAUAAUGCUCAACGUGUAAACAAGUUACCUUCUUUAGGUAUGCUUUAUAUUCGUCGUAGAAAUCAGUUAUUAAAGGAAAAGUUUUGUAAAGAUCCAAAAAUCUGUGAAAAGUAUUUGAAAUUGAGAUCAAAAUUAUUAUUUUUACGAUAUGGUGAGAGCUUAGAACAAAAUAGUCUUGGAAGUCAUACAACGGAAGAAGAAAAAUCAGAGAUCAAAACAAAAUUAUGUAGUAAACAACGAAAAUCAAUAGCUGAAAAUUUUGCAUUUGAUGGAGUGCAUCAUGUUUUUGAUCAACACAAUGCUCCUGUAACAAUGUUGAAAUUUGCUAAUAAUGAUAAAUCAAAAUUAUGCUGCGCAUCAUUGGAUGGGUUAUUAUCAAUAUGCGAGACUAUUAGUGUCCCUCCAAAAGUAACAGCAUUGUUGAAAGGUCAUAAAAAGGGUGUUACUGCAUUAGAUUGGAGUAUAAGUAAUGAUCUCAUAGUUUCAUCUUCUUUGGAUGGUACUAUAAGACUUUGGAAUGUUGCUGCAGAAAUUAGUCCAGCUUUUUUACGAGAAGUUAAGGAUCAACAGAGAGCAGAAGUGUUAUGUUGUGGAUUUAUACCUAUAAAUAAUAAUUUAGUUAUAGCUGGCAAUUCACAGGGACUUGUACAAAUUUUAAAUAUAUCUACUGGUAUAUACACACGUGGUGGAUCUUGUAAAAUUGGAGGAAAAGUUUUAUCAUUGACUUGCGAAGGCAGUGGUGGUUUGGUGAUAUGGGCUGGAAAUGAUAGAGGAAUUAUUAUGUCGUUUCAAUUAGAACCAGGAACUGGACGAUUAACAAAAUUACGUAGAGUACAAAAAAUUGGUGGAAUGAUAACGAGCCUCUCUUGGCGUUCAUGGUUUUCAAGAAAUGCACCAUGGCCAGCACUUUUAGUGAGCAGUGCUUGCAAUGCAAUAUUAUUAUAUCACAUUAUUGAUAAUCAAGGAUCUUUAACACUUUGGACUAAAUAUCCAAUAAAACAUAAGCAACAUUUUGUCAGAUCUACUUUUGGUCCUCAAAUGGAAUCAUGCCUAAUAGCGACUGGUUCUGAAGAUGGCACAAUUCACUUAUUAGAUUCAGCUAGACAGGGAAAGGCAGUAAAAAUUAAUCGACUCGAGGGCCAUGCAACACCAACACUUGCAUUAUGCUUUAAUUACGAUGAAUCUCUUUUUGCAUCUGCAGAUCAUCAAGGGCUUAUUAUUGUAUGGCGCAAUCGACAACGUCAUAUAUAAAUAAUAACGUGUAAUAAUAUUAUGUAAAUAAAUAUAUUAAGAAAACAAUUUUUUUGCGUAAACUAGGAAAAAAGUGUUUCUUCCUUGAUUAUGUAAAAAUUGUUUCCCUCUAUUUAAUAAUAAACAACAUUUAAUUGGGCUUUUACUGCAAUAAGGUAACAUUAAUUGAGAAAAAUUAAAUGCAGUCAACGCAAACUCACAUAAUUGAUUAUGGUGUGGGAAGUAAUAAUAAUGAAACACAUAUUCUGAGCAACUAAAUUUCUGUUCUGUAUAACAAUAUAUUAAUUGUUCUCUAUUAAUACUCUAUAUGUUAUAAUGAGCAUAGAGUUAGCAGUAUCAUUAAUAAUAAUUUUAAAAUUAGAAAUUGUGUAAUGAUCGCUGUGCUAUUAACAAUAAUUGUAAGAUGUAUUCUUAAUUUUACAUAACUGAAAUUAUGUGACGGCAUGAGUACCAAAUAUAUCAA